CGGGUGGGGGCUGACUGGCUCCUCCCCUGGGGGCGUGGCCUGGCGGGCGGGCUCCACCCCCUGGGGCGGGGGGUCCUCCCCGCGGGAGCGCAUGUGGGCCGGGGAGGCGCGUCCGGAGGGGAGCGGAGCGCCGCCGACUUCCAGCCCAGCCGAGGCGAGAGGAGGCGGAGGGCGAUGGGCCCGUGGCUGCGGUCGGCCGGGCUGGUGGCGGGCUCCACGCUCGCCUUCGCCGCCCUGCGCCGGGCACUCAGCCUCACCCCGCUGCCCGCCCACGUCCGGCGCGACGCCACCCGCACCUGGCGCUGGAGGAACCUCCUCGUCUCCUUCGUCCACUCCGUCGUGGCCGGGAUCUGGGCCGUCGUCGGGGUAUGGCGAAUGCCUGGAGCCUUCACCGACCUUGUCCACGCAACCUCUCGCUCGGGGCAUUUGCUGCUGUGUGUUUCUACAGGUUAUUUCAUCCACGAUGCUCUCGACAUCAUCGUGUGCCGGCAGUCCCAAGCCUCCUGGGAAUAUCUGGUCCACCACGCCAUGGCUGUCACAGGCUUGUUCUCUGGGAUCUUGCUGAACCACUUUGUUGCCGCCGGCCUCGUCUCGCUCUUUGUGGAGGUGAGCAACAUCUUCCUGACCAUCCGGAUGAUGAUACGGCUGGGCAAUCUGCCCUUCACGACCCUCUACCAGGUCAACAAGUACAUCAAUGUGGUGGUCUACUUCCUCUUCCGCCUGGCCCCGCAGGCCUACCUAACCUGGUACUUUGUGCGCUUUGUGGAGAUGCGCGGCCAAGGCGCCUUCCUCAUGAUCAACCUGGUGCUGCUCGACGGCAUGAUCCUUGUGUUCUUCUCCCGCCUGCUGCGUUCUGACUUUUGCCCAGACACGCGGCCGCAGGGCCCAGAGAGCGAGAAGAAGUUCCUCAUAGACUAAGCGUGGCCCAGACGUCUUGGUGUUGUUGCAAUGUCGUAUGAAGAGCCGUUGUCGGGUUUCACCACUGCUGUGUGCCUUAACUGCCAAGGACUCUGCAUUCACUGUGAGGUUCUUUAAAGCCUUUCCUUUCCUUGUUUUGGGCCAAGCGAGGCAGAGAGCUGCCCUGGCCUGGGCCUUGCCUUAUUAGAUGGUGACCCUUCAGCUAUACCUUCUGAUAGAUAUCCAAGCAGCCAAAGUUGAUCCAAGCUCAGCAGGAAGCAAAAGGGGGAGGCGAUUGGAAGAGAUGUGGGGGUGGCCGGGGUAGAGUUUGUCUUCCCACAUUUGCUGUUGGGAAUUUGGAGAGCGGGGUGGGAAAGGGUUGUUUCAUGGAUUAAAAUCUGUUUGCAAGCAAAAUCCUGCUACCAGAGGUGCUCUUUCAAGAGGUCUACCCCAUUGUGUGGCACGUGCAAGGAACCCGACAGGCUCAAAAAAAAAAAUAAAAAAAUGGGGGCAUGCAGUAUAUAUGUUUUUGCUACACACACACCUCAUCAUUAAGGCAACUAAGCAACACUAUCACAGAUCAAGGACACUUUCAAGCCAGGCAAAAGCACCUGAGGAGACCGGGGUGUGGCCUGGGCAGAGUCCCAAGGGCCGGAUGGAGAGGCCUAAAGGGCCACAUUUAGCCCCAGGGUUACAUUUGGGCUUUUUAGUACAGUAGAAAAAUGAGUUAGAAUGGGACGUAAAGAAGUUUAGAACAUUAAUAGACCAAAAAAACCCACCCCUCUUUCACUAAAUGCAUAACUAAUUUAUUGAA